AUGGCACGGCAGAAACAAGCAGCGCCCCUACAGCGGGUGACUUCGUCUGAAUUGAUGCAUAUGACCUCUGACGAGGUGAAUUCGAAGCAGCAGAAUGGCAUUGCUCAAAAGCCCAUUGCUGCGAGUGGAAGCGCAUCCAAGGGAGAAGCGCACGAUGCCCACGAGACCCCAGGACUCAUGAAGCUUGGAAUCUGUGUACUUGGAAUUUACGCUUCAUUCCUCUCAUGGGGUGUUCUGCAGGAAGCCAUCACCACCGUGUCCUAUCCCGUUCGUGCUGUAACCGAAGCAGAGCCACAGCCUCCAACGGAACGCUUUACCUACUCCCUCGUCUUGAAUACCAUACAGUCCUCUUUUGCUGCCAUCACAGGCUUCACCUAUCUCUUUUUCUCGACUCCAUCAGGCCAGAAAGUCCCUUCCAUUUUCCCCACCAAACAGAUCAUCUUCCCUUUGCUCCUCGUCAGCAUCGCGUCUUCUCUCGCCUCGCCCUUUGGCUACGCCAGUCUUGCGCACAUCGAUUACUUGACCUUUAUCCUCGCCAAGUCAUGCAAGCUUCUCCCGGUUAUGUUCCUCCAGUUGACGAUCUUCCAAAAGAGAUACCCUUUGUAUAAAUAUGGAGUCGUGCUUCUGGUGACCCUCGGAGUCGCUACCUUCACCCUUCACCACCCUGGAACCAGCAAGAAAGUCGCGGCAUCGGCAAAUGCCCAGUCUGGUUCAUCCUCAUGGGGAAUCUUUCUGCUGGCCAUCAACCUCCUCUUGGACGGCCUCACAAACACAACCCAAGACCACGUAUUUAGCUCCCCGCAGCUCUAUACUCGUUUUACCGGCCCGCAGAUGAUGGUGGCUCAAAAUGUCCUGUCGACCCUCUUGACUACUGGCUAUCUCCUUAUCAUGCCCUUUGUGUCUUCCAGCGGCCUGAUCCAUUCUCUGCUGCCCUUCUCGAUCCCACCUUCCACUGAGACGGAGUUGACGUCGGCUAUUGCCUUUCUGUCUCGACACCCAGAGGCAUUGAAGAAUGUUCUUGGGUUCGCUGCCUGUGGCGCCAUUGGCCAGUUGUUCAUCUUCUACACGCUUUCCCACUUCUCGUCGCUUCUUCUGGUAACUGUGACCGUCACACGGAAGAUGCUUACCAUGCUCCUGAGCGUGUUCUGGUUCGGGCAUUCUUUGUCUCUUGGACAGUGGCUCGGUGUCUCCCUUGUGUUCGGUGGCAUUGGCGCCGAGGCCAUUGUGCAGAAACAGGAGAAGAAGGCCAAGGAACGGGCCAAGGCAAUGGCUGGAAAGAAGGAAUAG